AUGCUGAAGACAUCCUUUGGGGAACCCAACUGCAGUGACUACGUGACCCAAAGCCACUACAUUACCAGACCCCUCUCUGCAGAAGAAGCUGCCUUUCCUUUAGCCUACGUGAUAACCCUGCACAAAGAGUUUGAUACUUUUGAGAGGCUCUUUAGGGCCAUAUAUAUGCCCCAAAAUGUCUACUGUGUCCACGUGGACAAGAAGGCCACCCGUGCGUUUAAGAGAAAGGUGGAGCAAUUGCUAGGCUGUUUCCCCAAUGCUUUCCUUGCUUCAAAAUUGGAGCUGGUGGUUUACGCUGGGGUAUCGAGGCUCCAGGCUGAUCUGAACUGCAUGAAGGAUCUUGUAAAAUCCAAAGUGCCCUGGAAAUACCUUCUCAACGCUUGUGGGCAAGAUUUCCCCUUGAGAACCAACAAGGAGAUAGUUCGGUACCUGAAAGGGUUCAAAGGGCAGAACAUCACUCCGGGGGUGUUGCCUCCACAUCAUAUUCUCAAGAGGACAAAAUACAUCUACCGAGAACAGGUUUACAGCAUCUUUUCCUUCAUGCUGGGGACUUUUCUGCGGAAAUCGCCACCUCCGCACAACCUGACCAUCUAUUUCGGCACUGCUUACAUUGCACUUUCAAGGGAAUUUGCAGACUUCAUCCUCAACGACCGGAGGUCUCUUGAUCUCCUUGAAUGGUCUAAAGAUACCUACAGUCCAGAUGAACAUUUCUGGGUGACACUCAACAGGCUGCCAGGCCCCCUAGAGCCAAUCUGA